AAGAGGAGGAAGGGAGGAUGGGGAGGAGGAGGAAGAUGAAGAAGAGGAGGAGGAAGAGGAAGAGAUGGUGAGCUGGGCCAGUGUGAGGAUGCAGGGAGACAGCAGGAAGCAGCAGUAUGCAGCUCAGGAGGAGCCAGAGGUGUUUGGACACCUUCUGAAGAGACCCAUGGAGACAUUUUUUGACAACCACCACCCGGCCCUGAAAUCCCCCAUCCUGGUCUCCGGUCCUCGCUGUGCCGCGGAGGACACCUUCAGCCGCCACUUUGAGAGCAUCAUGGAGUCCCACAGAGCCAAAGGCACGUCGUACAACAGCCUGGACAGCGAGGAGCUGCUGACCUCGAGCACGCAAACCGUCCUGACCUUUGACCUGCCCACAUUGACCCCUGCCAUCCACGGGCCGGUUUGCCAGAGCGCCAGGCAGAUCGUCCAGCUCAGCUUCGCCCCGCUGGCACACGACGAGAGGCCCAGUCUGUCUGAUUCCAUCUUCACCAUGACGGGGGACUCGGACGCCACCCGAGCCCCCUCCAGCGAGAGGCUGAGCAGCGGGUCAGAAGACACGCCACCCAGAGGACGACAGUGUUCACAGCUGGGGAGCAGCUGGUACAGCAACCUGUCUUUCUCAUUACCAAGCAGGGACAAGGCUCGUCUGGCGACAGAUUCGGAGCUGGACCAGGACCUCAGUGACCGGCUGGGUCUGGGCAGCAGUGACACCCUCACCAAUGGAAGCCACCGUGCCGACGUGGCAGCCGCCAGACGCCUUGCCAAACGUCUCUUCAACUUGGACGGCUUCAGGAAGUCCGAUGUGGCACGUCACCUCAGCAAGAACAAUGACUUCAGUCGUAUGGUAGCAGAGGAGUAUCUGAGUUUCUUCAACUUCACAGGACUCGGUCUCGACCAGGCGUUACGGACUUUCCUGAGGCAGUUUGCUCUGAUGGGAGAGACUCAGGAGAGAGAGAGGGUGCUGUCACACUUCUCCAAACGUUACUGGGACUGCAACCCAAAGGUCAUACCGUCAGAGGAUGCAGUUCACACUCUCACCUGUGCCCUGAUGCUGCUGAACACUGAUCUACACGGUCAGAACAUUGGUAAGAGGAUGUCGUGCACGCAGUUCAUUGGCAACCUGGAGGGACUGAACAACGGCCAAGAUUUUCACAAGGAUCUGCUUAAAGCUCUCUACAACUCCAUCAAGAAUCAGAAGCUGCAGUGGACGCUCGACGAGGAAGAGCUGCGGAAGUCGUUUUCGGAGCUCGGGGACAGCCUGUGUGACUCCACCGCCUCCAGAUCUGUGAAGGGGGAGGGCAGCAGCGGGAGGACAGAGGAGACGCAGCCGACCGGAUCACUGCUGUACAAGAAUGGGUUCCUGGUUCGCAAAGUCCACGCAGACUCAGACGGCAAGAGAACACCAAGGGGGAAAAGAGGCUGGAAGACCUUCUAUGCCAUCCUGAAAGGGUUAAUCCUCUACCUGCAGAAAGGGGAGUACAGGCCUGAUAAACAGCUGUCUGAGGAGGACCUGAAGAACGCCGUGUCUAUCCACCACUCUCUGGCCAUGAAGGCUUCAGACUACAGCAAGAGGCCCAACGUCUUCUACCUGCGCACCGCUGACUGGAGGGUGUAUCUCUUCCAGGCACCGAACGCGGAGCAGAUGCAGUCUUGGAUCACACGGAUCAACACGGUGGCCGCCAUGUUUUCAGCUCCUCCUUUCCCAGCAGCCAUCGGCUCGCAGAAGAAGUUCAGCCGGCCGCUGCUGCCGGGGACGAUGUCAAAGCUGUCGGAGGAGGAGCAGAUCAGAUCCCAUGAAGCUCGCUUCAGAACCCUCUCCACUGAGCUGGCCGAGCUGCGCUCCUACCCUCCUGAUCGCAAGGUCAAAGGGCGCGAGCUGGAAGAGUACCGGCAGCGAGACGAGUAUCUGGAGUUUGAGAAAACACGGUACGGCACUUACGUCAUGCUGCUGCGGGCUAAAAUCCGGAGCGGCGAGGAGGACCUGUCUGUGUUUGAGUCCCAGCUGCUGGAGGACAACGGGCUGCAGAGGGCUCACUCCAGCCCCACGCUGCAGGACAGCAGCCAGGCCAGCCAGAUCAGCCAGGCCAGCAGCACCAGGGACGGAGGCAACAGCAGUAAAGCCAGCGGCUGCAGCAGCAAGCUUCGACAGGAAGGCCAGAGACACAGCUACCGGCAGGCCGUCAAGAAGUGAGACGGGGCGGGGGCGCCGGGAGCGGCACAGCGUUGCACUGCCAGCGGCAGGCUGUCUCCCUGCAUAGGUUUUUAUUUGAGAUCCAGGAGGGUUUGGAGCUCUGCUUGAAGGGGGAGCAGGAGUGAGGGUCCACCCCACGCCCUCCCCCGAACCAUGACGCCCUACCCGGCACCCCAAUCUUCUCAUCGAACAGAGGAGGUGCAGAUCCUGUGAGUGGCUGAGAAACACCAGCGAGGACGUUGGUGCAGGAGGUGGGAGGAACGGCUGGGAGGUCACAGGUCUGCAGAGACAAGGUGUCUUUGAGAACUGGGUGCAGCAGCAGACUGAACUGUGCAGCGAGAUCCAGAGAAGUGCUUAUAGAUCGAACACGGCACCACACGGGGACGUACAUCCAGCAUCCUUUCCUUUUCUCCCCUUUGGUUCUUUGGAGGCACCUCUCCCGCCACCUUCUCCCGCCACCUUCUCCCGCCUUUUUUCUUGACCUUUCACUCAGUUUUGGGACCAAACAUUUUAGAACAUCACAUUUUAGACGACUCAGUUGAAUUGCUACACUGACAUGAAGCGCUGUAACAGUCACUAGACUUCAUCACCAGGGUCUUACGGAGCCAUUUUACAUUCCAGCUCCUUGUUUUUGCCACAUCACCGCGGUGUGUUCACAUUCCACACAGGAGCCGGACAUCACAGCUUUUAGCUCACUGAAGGUGGCAUCAAGUUGGGACGGUGCACAACACGUGGUGAGGAAGUGUUGAGGUGUGGCUGCGGAACACGGUGACACGGUGCAGCUCCUCUUUUCUCUUGUCACUGACGGCCGGUUCGAGGCGUCAGUAGAACUUGACAGUACUCCUGAUAUGCAGCAAAAUGCAUCUCAUCUAGAGACUUUUGUUUUGUUGCUCUACUUGAACAGGCGAUCUCUUUCCCAGUUGCUUUGGCUUCUGUCCCGUGGUGUGCUUCUGUUCUCUUUCUAUUUCUUGGCCGAAUGUUGUUUUUCUCCAGUGAUCCGCAUGCCUGCAUCCAGCACUGCUUCUUUUAGGCCUUUUACUACUUUGAGGGCAGCAAACGUUGCUCUCCGGGGUCCUUUUUCUCGUCAUGCCGGUGCCAUAGCCAACACAUGUAAUCUGCGUCUGUACUUAUAGCCUCUCAUUUAUAAACCCUAUUUUAACACUCACCAGGCAGACCCUGAAUGUUCUUGUUUUUUCAAUAUUUUUACAGUAUUUUACAGUCGUUUGUUGAUGUUGAACCUCCUGUGUACGUCAUGUGUAUGAUGAAAUAUGAUAUUGAAAAUGUAAAAUAUGUUACCCAUACUCUUUGUAAACAUCCAGGAUGUGUUGUACAUAUAUAUAGCGCACCGUCAGCUUAUAUUGUAGGAUAUAUGACGUAUAUAUAUUUACAAUAUAUUCAAACACACUAUUGUGAAGAUGCAUUAGGUGCACUCUCUUGUAAGUCCUAAAAGCGCUACACGAUAAUCAUGUGUUUUUUUCUUACAUGGUAAUAAUUCAGCACAAUAUGAGUAUUAUAGUGACGCCUAUGUACCUAUCAGAGAUUAGUAAGUGAUGGAGGGGUUGUGACGGGGUCACACACACACACACACACACACGUGGCGGUGAAAUAAAGCUAAGUCAUGUGAUUUCAGCCGCUGUGGGAAGUGAUCCAAAGACAGCGCAUGGUUGGCUAGCAUGAUUUUAAAGGGAUCAGGGUUGUUGUCAGAGAUGCAUGAAAAAGGUGGGGAAUGUAUUACACAAAAAAAAAGGGAGGAGCUCCUGGUGUAGGAGGGUGAGGGCGGCCUGGUUUAUGUUUUGGUUGGUAGCCAUAAACGCCUCAUAGCAUCAUAGCCAUUCUCUACUCAGGCUUUAAAGUGACACCUUGAGCAGCUGCAGCGCCGGCGUCCAACCAGCAGGGAGAGCUGUCCACAUUUUUUCAGCCAUAAUCACACCUGCUGCACCUGCAGUGAAUAUGCAUGGCCAAUCACCUGAAGGGUGGGGGCGGGUAUCGCAGGGCUAAAUGACACAACACCUGUUUGAGUCUGUUUCAGUGUUCGUCCAUCUCGCCGUCUGUUGUGCAGCGUGUGCAGCGUGUGCAGCGUGUGCAUGCUGAAUUAUCCAGCCAGCUGUCGUGUCGUCUGAAGCUUCCUCCACCCAGCGUCAGUCCCCAUGUUGUUUACUCUAAAUGUGAAUUUGUUUUUGGAACACUUGAUGAAAUAUUCAGGCUCGGUGUUUGCCUCCUGAUCACGUUCUGCCUGCAGCUUCAGAGCUGAGACAUAACUCCAUCGACAGAAAGUCAGUCAGCACUUUUGUUUGAGUCGCUCUUCAAGCAAAAAUGCAAAACAUUCCCAGUUCCAGCUUCUUCUGAGUGUUUCCUUCUUUUCUGUGUCGUGUGUGACAGUGACACUGGGUAUCUUUGGACAAAUGGAGCACUGUGGAGACACUUGUGACUGCUGUUUUCACUGCUUUCUCAAUUUGGUCCACCAGAUGUUUUAUCGAUAACAGUGAUGGGUGGAAAUCGAUUCUUUAUGUCCAGUAUGAACCGGCUCAGACUGUCGAACCUCCCAGUGAUCAUGAACCCCUCUCCAGUCGAAACCUUAGGAUAGUGAAGGAAUGACCCGCCCUGCGCUCCCUCUGAUUGUCUGGUACUCUUUGCCUUUGUUGGUUGGACUGGUGAAGGUUAGGCUAAGAGUGUCAGGGUGAGCCGAUCAGAGGCAGAGUGACGCAGAACAUCCCAAAUUCACCACCGGCCAGGGCCGAUGGUGCAUUCACUUGCUCCUCAGAUGCUUGUCCUUCCAAUUUCAGUAUGUUCAUGAGCUUUAGGGCUGCGUUCAGAUUUCUUUUCUUUUUCUUUCCAAUAAUCAGAUCGGAUUUGAGCGUCCAGACAUCACCAACCUCUCUGUAUGGGUUGCUGUGGUAACAACGUAGAGGUCAUUGACUAUGUAGCUGGUUCCAAUGUGAAAAACUGAGGUCCAUAACUUUUCCAUCCAAACAAAUUAUUUUGCUGUCAAUCCACAGACUGCUGUUCCUCGUGUUGUCCUCUUUAGCACUCUGUUAGCAGCAGCAUGGAUCUGCUCAAAGACACUUUGAAAUCCGAUCCAGACUGAGACACAUCCGUAAACACAGAUUGGAAUUGGAGUCAACCACCUCCAAAUGUGGUUUGGAUCAGAUUUUAAAAACUUCAUGUGGUUGUCUUGUUGUCUCGACUUCCCAGAAUCAGUCUGGAUGUGCCAAAACACAAUUUGGGCUGACAGUCUGAACGAGGCCUCAAUUAUGAUGUGUCGAACAAAACAACAACAGCAGAGGAAACAGAUCAGCUGAGACCUGAAAUGUGAUUAUUAUUCCGACACCACAUGAAUGCAGCACAGGGCUGAGGAGGUCACUGGGACGUCGGCUACUUGCUCCUCAAAAGUGGAAAGCUGAAUCAAUGCAUUGAAAUCUUUGUUAGUGUAAAUGUAGACGUGAUGACUGGGAGGUUGUGUUGAAAGUGCACGUGCCAUAACGAGGUGUCACAGAGACACUGACACUGUGUAUUGCAAAAAUGAUCAGAACUCAAAAGGUCUGAGAGGUUCCACACGUUCACAUGAAUCGAUCGGAAGACACAGAAUCGAUCGGCCCGUCACUGAUCGAUGACGAGUUUAUUACUCUCAUCUUUAUCUCCUCUGCUCCUCUCGUCUCUCGUCUCUCCUUCACCUCAGUCACUUCUCAGUCAGGUGUUUUUAAAAAAAGGUUGAUGUGGAUAUUGUUGCCAUGGCUGACAUCUUGUACCUUUCAGCAGUUAUAUAACUCCACAUCACGGCUCUGUAUUUAUUAAUAGUGUUUGACUCUGCUGUUUAUAAUGUGGCCAAACUGUCAGACUCAUGCUGAGUGCCAUUCAUGGAGGAGGAGGAGGAGAAGAAGAGGGGAGGUCUGAUUCAUUCUGUCAACCUCAGAUAAACACUGAUGUUUCAUACAUGUGAGGACGCUCAUCAGAUUUGAUCCUGGAAUCUUACAUUUAGUUUUAUCUCACACAUCAACAGCUCUCGUUCACAUUUAUCUCUAACUGGAAAUCUUUUUGCCUCCCAGUAUCAUUUGAUGUCACACAGUCCCCUAAAUGCACCGUUUAUAACAAUCGUUUAGCACAAAUGUCACCAGACAGUCCACCCUGACUCUGUUCUAGAGCUUCUUCUUAAUCCUUAUCAAAUUUCCCUUCAUCCUUUAAUUUGAGGUCAAGAUUGAACUGUGAGGGGCGCCCGCUAGUUCAUCUGGUAGAGCAGGCGCCCCGUGUACAAAGGCUGUGUCCUCUUCGCAGCAGCUGCAGGAUUGAUUCCACCUCACACUCACUAUAUCUGUCCUGUCAAAUAAAGGUAAACAGCUCAAAAAAAUUAUUUAAAAAAGAACUUUCAGUUUCAAAUGUGUGAAAUGUGUGUGUGACAGCUGAAACAAUUAGUCGGUCAAAAAGGAAAUAUUCUAAUAGUUGAUUCAUCUCCAUCUUUAAAGCUAAAGUGUCAAAUAUUUUCUGCUUCCAGCUUCUCAAAUGUCAAGACUUGCUGUUAUUCUUUAACGUAUACGACAUUAAAUUAAAUCAAUUUGAAUUUUUGGACAAAAGCAUGUCGCCACCGACUGUCAGAUUUUAUAUUUUUCACUAUUUCUGACCGUUGUCCCGCUGCUCCACAGACUGAGGCUAACGCCAGUAACUGUGCUCAACAAAAUGUUUUGACUGUUCAGCCAGAUGUGUUUUACAAAUAGUAGUUUUUAUGCCUAAAAAUCAUGAUCAGUGAUUUGACCUUUGACCUCAGUGAUGCACUAAAACUGUAUUCACUAAUUUAACUUUAACGGCUGUGCUGCUGAUGUGAAGGCAAAGUGCAGUUUUUAUUUUUAUUAGAUUCAUUUUAAUUUCAUUUACAGACGUCUGUUUCAAGUUUAAUUUUGUUAUAACAUUCACGUCAUCAGGUUUGAACUAAAUUAGGACUCCUUGGCAUCAAUCAUCAUCCUCAUCACUGAUCUUGCUCUGGCAGGGGUGCCAAACUACAGCGUGUGGCCAAUCUGAGACCUGCUUUUAAGAUGGCCAGUGUCUCUUUUUUUUUUUUUAAUAAACUAGAAUACGGCAUGAGAAUAUUUCCAAUAAAUCACUCUGUGUGUACAUUUCACAGCCGCGUUUUAACACAAUGUUGCUGUCACCUUGAGCAACGAGGCAACGAGGCUAACAGCCCCGCCACUGCAUGUCGUGAUUCCAACACUAGUUCAGUUUUAUUUAUAAAGCCCAAUAUCACAGAUCACAAUUUGCCUCACAGCUGAUCAGGAAAAACUCCACAAGAAACCCUUUAACUGGGAAAAUGAUGUCGCUACUUCACCCACACUGAUUGACUCCUAGUCGAUAAAAACUUAGACCUCAGUAAACGUGUUCAUGGACCUGAAAAGACGCAGGAUUGGGAAAUACUUUUGUGAUAUGUGGCAGACCAGUAACCUGCUGUGAUGUCAGAUAUGAAACUGUUCAGUGGUGUCGUGUCGUAACUUUGAUAGUAAAUUAAUUUUCUGGUCCACAAACAUUGAUUUUCUUGCCGUGUUACUGGUUGAGAACUGUUCAUUUAUUUGACCUGUAACCUCUUAAAUGUUUCUGUACGUGUCCCACAGUCAAAGACGUUUGGCCCCUGUGCUGAGGUCUUUGUCAAGUUAUUAUUUUAUCCAUAAUAUAUUAUGUUCUGGCAGUGACGCAGUGAUACAACACGACCCCAACAGAAUCUCUAGUAAUAUUAUUACAUCUACAGUGUUACACAACAUGUGACCAUCCGAAAUAAACUGUUUUUAUAUUUUCAGUCGUCCACACUGAUCCACACUGAUCCACACUGGUCCACUUCCACCAGUGCGCCAACCUAAAAACAGAUGAGUGUUCUCAGCACAGGCUGUACGCUCUCCUUACACAGUAUGGCUGGAUGUGGUGUGUAAGACAGGCAGUUCUUCACAGCCUCCACCUUGACAAACUCUCCAAGGUCCUCCCUUCCUCCUCCUCCUCCUCCUCUUCACCUCCCCAUGUGUUGUCACCUCUCACUUACAUCAAAGAGCAGCAGCAGGAUCUCCAUGGCACUGGUUAGCAUGGAAAUGACUGGUUCCCCUGGUGACGGCUCUCUGAUGCUCGAGUGAAAGUCACCUCGUCGUCCUGUGUUCACGGCGGCAGAAUACCUCUGUUAAAGCAGCAGUGCAUGCCUGCGGCCAGCUGUCCUCUACGAAAUACUGUUUUCAUUUAUGCCCAUGAACGCCUCGUUUCUGAAUGUAAAUAAAGCAUGAGAUAUUAUGGCCUGUUUUCAUUUAUACUAUGAUUAGAGUAUUACACGAAGGGUUAAUAUUUAAGGUAGGUCAACUGUUUUUCUGUUUUGUUUUUUUUCUCGUCCUUGAGCUCAUGGUCUUUUUUUAUUUUUUUAUUUCUCUCAAUGUGAAUGAAGGAAAUGGCUAUAUUUAACGCUGUCAUACGCUGUUGUGUUUUAGAGACUCGAGCCGGCUCAUACGAAUCUUUUUACACGUAGAGGUCUGAUCUGAUCCAUCUCAGUGUUUUUUAGACUGGUGCAGGUAAGGCAAUGUUCAUCUAAUGCUACACACACAGUGAGCUUCACGUGUCACUGCCUUGUUAUAACUCACCAAGAAAUGUUGUCUGUGAGCUUCUCACUUUGGGAGGCAUAGAAAGUGAAAAUAAAAGUGU